ACUUUGACGUUGCAAGAAGACGCAGUUUUCACGCCCACUUUACGCGCAGUGGUUUAUGGGAAGAAAUCUCAAGAAUAGAUGGAUGCUGGGGAUGUGCAUUAGCUCUGUUAAGAGGAUUACCGCUUUUAUAGUAUUAGUUGAAUCCUAACGUUUAACCUGUCAGCUAUUGUAAACAGACCCGCUUGGUUCUCCUAGUGAAAACAUCAGUUCUGCACCCAGAGAUCGCGCUGCGCUCCGGUCUGACCGCAUGGCUACCUAACGGUGCUCGGCUUUCAGCUGCAUUGUUAUUGUUUCCACCCGGCUGCUCUCUUCAGGGGCGCCCAGCUGAAACGGGGGCCUGAGGGAUGGUUUUUCAUCGGGUCCGGGAAGAUGGAUGAGAAGUCCAGCAGCGGCCACCAGCGGCUCCUGGUCUUCCUGCUCAUGGUGUUGAUCUUUGGCGUUGUUAUGGUGCAGUAUGCCUGUCCCAGCAGCUCCGAGUGCCACACGCUCCACCAGCUGGGGGCCUGGUUCACCCUUCCGGGUAAACCCGGGACCCGAACCGGCGGCGGCGAACCGCAGGACGGGCUCCAGAAGGAUCCCUACGUGGCGGAGGACGGCGCGUUGGCGCGCUUCGUCCCUCGCUUCAACUUCACCGCAGCUGAUCUCAACCGCGUCGUGGACUUCAACAUCAAAGGGGAUGACGUCAUCGUGUUUCUGCACAUCCAAAAGACGGGGGGCACAACCUUUGGCCGACACCUGGUGCGUAACAUCCAGCUGGAGAGGCCCUGCGAGUGCCACGCAGGCCAGAAGAAGUGCACCUGCCUCCGGCCAGGCAAGAAGGAGACCUGGCUCUUCUCUCGGUUCUCCACCGGCUGGAGCUGCGGGCUCCACGCAGACUGGACCGAGCUCACCAGCUGUGUCCCGUCACGCAUGGACUCCAGAGAGACCCAGAAAAACCAGCCCAGAAACUAUUACUACAUUACAAUCCUAAGAGAUCCAGUUUCACGAUACCUGAGUGAGUGGCGUCACGUGCAACGCGGGGCCACGUGGAAGGCCUCGCUCCACGUGUGCGAUGGGCGUUCCCCGACACUGUCAGAGCUGCCGGGCUGUUAUUCGGGAGACGACUGGUCCGGCUGCUCCCUGCAGGAGUUCAUGGACUGCCCCUACAACCUGGCCAACAACCGACAGACCCGCAUGUUGGCAGACCUGAGUCUAGUGGGCUGCUACAACGUCUCCGCCAUGAGCGAGGACGAGCGCUGGGCAGUGCUUCUGGACAGCGCCAAGCACAACCUGAAGGGCAUGGCCUUCUUCGGCCUGACCGAAUACCAGAGCAAGACCCAGUAUCUCUUCGAGAGGACCUUCGACCUGCAGUUCAUCGCACCCUUCACACAGCUGAACGGGACGCGUGCGUCCAGCGUCGACGUGCCGCCCGAGACGCAGCAAAGAAUCCGUGGGCUAAACCGAUGGGACGUGGAGCUGUACGACUACGCCCGUGACCUUUUCCUGCAGCGCUUCCAGGUGGCGAGACAGCAGGAGCGCCGGCAGGCCAGGGAGCGGCGACAACAGGAGAGGAGGCGGCUCCGCGGACGGUUCUCGUCAAAACCGGGCAGGCGGGCGAAGACGACUGGAGCGGCGGCGCGUUCGGCCAGCGUGGAGACCGGGGAGCAUCGGAGUGAGACGGCGGCGGAGGACAGCGUGGAGGCAGAAGUGCUGCUCCCAGACUGGUGGGACGUAGAUGAGAACAGCACCAUGGAGGACUACAUGGGAAAUGUUGAACAGUGGUAGCGGCGGGCAAAUGGACCAAGGUUUGCCUCGGCAGUUAUUGCUGAUUCAGGUUAUUUUUCUGCCUUUUCUUCUUAUUCUUAUGUGACCAUGAAUUGUUUUAAAUGUGACUGUAAUUUAUUUUAACUUCUUUGUUGCAACCGACACUCUAAUCAGGGCCUUUCACACAGGGAAAAUAAAAGUAGGAAAGCUGUAUAUCUUUUCAGUCAUGAGACCAGCCUUAAGCUUGCUUUUUCUGGACUUUAAACACAUGGUAACUCAGAUGAUACAGUUAGGAAGACAAGGAUCAUUGUUAUUUCAAAAAAAAGCUACAUUUUUGUCAUCAACAGUCUUUUUACUUUGCCAAAAUGAUGUCUUGAAUAUUUUAAAAUGUAUGUGUCUUGUGUCUUUUUCACAGCAGAAAAGGAAAAUGAGUUCAUCAGUACCUCAGUUUGUGGCAUUACCUGCUAAUGUUGAAAAACAUUGGAAUAUGUCUGUUUUUAUAUAUAAAUUAUGCUUUUACAUUUA